CACUUAGCAGACGGCAGCACAUUGGUCGUGCCGACGAAGGGGAACCUGCUAUUGGUCCGACGGCUAGUGGAGAAUCCGUUGGAACUUAAAUCGGACUCAGUUUUCUUAAGGAACAACCACAGGCAUGCCGUCAUCAGUGCUUGGAGUGUGUCUGCUCAAGUUCUCCAUCGACCUGUAUGCCCAACUGCACACAGAGAAGAAAGAAGAGAACAUCGUUUUCUCCCCGUUCAGUAUAGGUAGCGCACUUUCAAUGGUUCUUGCCGGUGCGCGCGGUGAUACCGCGAAGCAACUGUCGGCCGUUCUUCAUGUCAGCGAAGGUGAUAACCUACAUGAGCAGUAUUCCCAGCUGAUGGCUCAGUUAUCGCACUACGGACACGCUAACGUCAGUUUUCAAGUUGCCAACCGAAUGUACAGUGAACACCAGUUCAAGCUCCAAAAGGAAUUCGUGUCACUUCUGGAAAAAUAUUACAAGGCCAGCAUUAAAUCCGUUGACUUCAUAAAUAACUAUGAGGCAGUCCGAACAGAAGCGAACAAGUGGGUAUCGGAGCAGACAAAUUCUAAGAUAAAAGAGUUGAUCCCGGAAGGUGCAUUGUCAUCUUUAACGAUGCUACUUAUAUUGAAUGCUAUCUACUUUAAGGGUACCUGGGAUUCUCAGUUUCCGAAGGAUUUGACAGAACUUGCGCCCUUCCAUCUCAAUUCAAAAAAGAGCGUGCAAGUAUUCAUGAUGCAUCAGAACCCGCAAUCUUUCGCAAUGGGUCAUUCCACGGAGUUAAAGGCCAAGCUCCUGAAGAUACCGUACGUUGGCAAAAAAUGUUCCAUGGUCAUUCUCCUCCCCGAUGACGUGGAAGGGUUGUCCUUUUUGGAGGAAAAGCUCUCAGAGUCGACUCUUAGUUCAGCUCUCGGAAGCCUCGCCAUGACGAACGACGUGGAGCUUACCCUUCCCAAAUUCAAGUUCGAGAGUCCUACACUACUGAGGAGAACACUCGAUGCCCUCGGAGCCAAAGACUUGUUCUCAACGGAGCGCGCAAACAUUUCCGGUAUUUUCGAGAACGGCAGGCCUUCAGUCUCUGACGUCAUACACAAGGCGUUCCUUGAAGUCGACGAGGCAAGUACGGAGGCCGCUGCUUCUACGGCGGUGAACGUAAUGACUUCCGGGGUUUAUCGUAAACCUACUCCGACAACCCCUUUCGUCGUUGAUCACCCGUUCAUGUUCCUUAUCAAGAGCGAGGAAGACAAUGUCAUUUUCUUUAUGGGAUCGGUGCGUAAAUUGGAAGGCGUAUAA